UCUCCCCUUAGAAACGCACAUACAAGCUGUACAAAAUCGCGUUGUUAUGUUCCGUGGUAUCGAUUAAUCAAAUAAUGGAACAAGUGAAGUGAACGAAAAAAAUCUUUGAACACUCGAUUUUUCUGGAUAUACUCAUCAGGACUCAUUAAUAGAUCCAUAUUUCCGCUCACUUGAAAGGACCUAUUUUCUUAACGAUGCAAACUAAGUCUGUUGUCAUCUAGACCUCUGCUAUCAUCCAUUUCUGAACUUGCAAGACAUGGUGAAAGGCUUCCUGAGGAGUCCGGAGGGACUCUUCCAGUUGUCACCAAGCACUACUUUGGUCGGACGAGAGAACUGUGACUUAAACAUCCAGCUAACAUCAAUAGAAUUACAGCAUGCCGUGAUUGAGUACAGCGAUGCCGAAAACUGUUUUGUGAUCCAAGACUUAAACACUGCCCAUGGGACCUAUGUGAAUGACUGUCGUGUUCAAAAUGCUGCAGUGAGGUUAGCACCCGGGGACAGCAUAAGGUUCGGCUACUCUGGGUUUCCUCACGAACUUGAGGUGGAAGAUGAUCAGGUUUCAUAUCCACCCGUUGUUAAUAGGGGCGUGGCCAGUGCCCCUAUGAAGAUGAUGCAAGAGACUGCCCCCAUCACUGACUACUCCCCUGCCCAGCUCCCAUACCUCAAUAACCAGGCCGGGGGUGACGCCACUUACAACCAACAUCAGCAGUCCACCCUCCCUUCCUUGGGAGGGGGCUCAUCCGCUGCCCCACCCCCAUCAGCAUGGGGGACACCGCCCACGGGUGUAAGUGGAGGUGGGGUGAUACCGAGACCUCCAAGAGCCAGGCCGUCGAGUGCGGGUACAAGGAGGGGGAGCGGAAGUGGACCAGGAACUGGGGGCGGGGUGCAUAUCACCAGCCAGAGCCCUACCAACAGCCCCCUUCCACCAAGAAGAGCUGUGACAGGAGGAUGGGUUAGUUCAAGCGGAGCUAGAGGUGUAUCAUCUGCCCCACAGGUCAAUGGUAGCCCCAACGCCAGAGGCUCACCGGUCAAUGACAUGCUAGCUGCACAUGAAAAGGACCAGAGAUUACUCAGGAUGGGUGACGAGAUCAACCGCCUGGCCGUAUUUGAGGCUGAAUCCCAGCGGAAGGACGGAGUCAUCGGUCAGCUGAGGUCGGAGAUAGAAUCAAUGGCCAUGCAGGUUCACCAAGCCCAGCAGCAAAAGGCACCCCCAGCAGAUACAACUGUCCAGAAGAAACUCAAAGAACUAGAGAAAGAUGUCAAUCUCAAACAGCUUGAGGUCAACGCACUGAAGGAAAAGAUGUCCAAGAUGAGGAUGGAGAGCUCUGACCCCAUGGAGAACAUCGCCCACCUGCGCUCCCUGCUCCACCAGCGGGAGAGGGAGCUGGUCUCCCUCCGGCAGGAGGUGGAGAAGCUCCGCAAGGAGAAGGGCACCAGCUCCGCCCUGAUGACCAAGCUCCAGCGGGAUCUCACCACCAAGGAGGGCAGCAUCUCCAGGAUGAAGGGGGAGGUGGAGCUCUUGAAGAAGGAGCUGAGGGAGAAGGAGGUGGCGCUCUCCGCCCUGGCUGCCAAGUUCUCCCGCAUGAGGGAGACCAAGAAGCAUGAGGAGGAGCUGGCUGCGAGGAACAAGGAGGUGGUCACUCUCAAACAUAAAUUGAAAGGCGCCGAGAGCAAGGUCGAGGCACUCACAAAACAGGUCGCUGAACAGAAGGAAGAAAUCGACAAGUUAACAGCUCAGAAUGAGGAAGAAACAAAGACAAAGCAGAGGUUUUCUGAUGAGAAGGAAGAGAUGAAGAAGAAAUUCUUGGAAUCUCAGAGAGCUGAGAAGCAGGCCAGAGUGGACAUCGACCAAGCAAAGAAACAGUUGGAGCGCUUUAGACAAAGGGUCAAGCAGACGACCUUUUCUGCUCCAGGAUUCCGGGUGCCAGAUGAUGAGUCUACGGUCACGGACGACAGCCUCUUGGAGACGAUGGGCAAGCUGAUCACGGAACGCAACGAAGCGAAGAAUAAAGUGCGGGAACUCAAAGAUACAAUGAAGGGUCUGGAAACCUCUAGCAAGGAGACUAAGACCAGUCACAAGACCCUCAAACAACAUCUGAUUGCUGCAGAGAAACGCCUUGAGGAAGGAGGUAGAACAUGCUCGCACAUCCGUAAUGAGAUCAAACUCCUUCAGUCUGUCACUGUAGAUGAAUCGUUACAGAACGUUAAGGAUACCAUAGCUAUGAUGCUCCAGAACGAGCUAGCAUGGCAGCAAUCGUUUGAGACCACGCUUGAGAAGUGUGGUUUCGACAUCAAGACUGGUGGCAAAGAUCUCCAAGCCCACAUCGAUGCAUUGAGAGACCAAUGUAAUAAGGAGAAGAAACUUAAAGAGGAAAUUCAAAUGAGUGUCGAUACCAUGUCAUCGGGGGUCAGGGUUGAGAUGGAGAGAAAGCUAGAGAGACAGAAGACGGAACAUGAAGAGACAAUGAAAGUCGCCAUGGAAAGACUCAAACUAGAAAAUGUGAAAGAAAAGGAAACUGCUGUUGAAGAGGCCAGACAGGCAGAGAAGACAAGAUUGGAAGAGGUCUUACAGUCCGAGAGACAGAAGGUACAACACCAGGAACAGAGCCUGGAACAGUUAAGACAGGCUUUAACAGAAAGAGGAUCGGAUGAGGAGAAGUAUGUUGCAAUGGAGAAGAGUUUGAAAUCACAGAUCGAGGAACUUCAAAAAGAAGAGAGCAAGCUGAGAGAGGAACUUACUCUCCACCAGGAGCAGCACAAGAGCUCCGCCUUGAAGGUCGAAGGUCAAGUGACGGAGAUGCUGGAGGCACACGAGAAGCAGGUGGCAGGGUUGAAGGAGCAGAGUCGGCAGCACGCCCUCACCAUUGUCUCCUUGGAGGAGAAACUCAAGAAGUCUCAGCAGGAGCACCAAGCCUCCAGGAAGGAGUCCAAGGAGCUGGAGAAGAAACUUGAAGUUCAAAGCAAGCAAGCGGAGGAAGAAUUGAAGAGAAUCAAAGCAUCUGCCCCGGCUAAGCCUGUCGUUGUCACUCAGCCAUCAGCUGAAGUACCUGGCCUUCAACAUGCUAUUAACCUACUCAAGAGAGAGAAUGGACAGCUUAAGAAGGAGAUACAGGAUCAGCAGGAUGUAGUACUUGGUCUAAGGAGAGAUCUAGCUGGAGCAUCAGCAAGGUUAUCAGAUAUGACAGGAGAGCUUAGUGACCGUCAGAAGGAGGAGAUGGAGAAUCAGAAGGCUCUUAUCAAGGACCAAGAGGCUGAACUGACCACUCAGAGACAGCAGCUGGUCAAGCUAUCUGAGCUGGUGGACAGGAAAGGCAUUGAAAUGGACAACAUGGUCAAAGAGAUUGCUGCACAGAAAGAAUUGCUGCUCAGGCAGAAGAAGGACACCGCUAUCAAGGACUCAGAGCUGAAUAGACUGCAACAGCAACUCAAGCAGGAACAGGAACAGUCCCAGAAGGCCAAGAAAGAAGUUGAACAAGAGGGAUUAAUCACAAGCGAGCUUUCAACAGUAGGAGCGCAGUGUCGAGGAGAGAGGCAUAACGAGGUCAUCUCUAGGCAACGGGAAGCACUCGGUGAACUGAGGGGAAGAAUAAAAGGCCUAGAGCAAAACAGACCACCAUUGCCUACGCAGGACCAGGCCUUACAGCAGGUCAUCCUUCUCAAGAAAGAGCUCGCUGAGAUGAGGGCCAAGCAAGCCCAGAUCUCUGCUAUGUCAGGCCAAUCCUCCUCCCCCGACGUCCUCCUUGAACGCGAGGUCGCCAAGGCCAGAGGUCAAUUAUCGACCUCCGUCUCAGAUGCAGCCAUCGAGAGGAGCGCCAGGGUCGAGAUCCAGCAAUCUAUGGAUAAGAGUGAAACAGCUUACAUGGAGCUAGCCGGGACAGUUGCCCGCCUGCUUGGGCUAGGAGAGAUUCCAGGCCAGGAAUCACUGGCCCACUUGCCCCGGGACGAGAAGGAUCGUGUCAUGAAGGAGAGAGGCGACAGCCAUGAACUCAUCCUGAGCCGGCUGAAGACGCUCAACCAACGUCUGGAACGCAAGGACGCCCUCUUACAGGACUAUGAGAAGGACCUCGAGAAGCUGCGAUUGGCUGAGAGAGUAGCCAAUGAGAAAGCAGGACAGGUCGAGAGUUUAGCUGGUGACGUCAGGAGUCGCCAGGAGGAAGCUCAUUACCUGAGGGAGACAUUGAGGAGAACGAGAGAAGAAUUAGAUAAGGAGAGGAGACUAAAUAGUGCAAUCAAAAGUAAAAAGACAUUCCACCUUGAAAAUGAUGAGAAAAAUAAGCAAGUGUGGCCCAAACACAAGUGUUAUGAAGAUGAAAUGAAGAUGAAUAAGAAGGAGAGCAAGAAAAAGCUUCAAAAGGAGAAGUUUAUUCGUAAGGAAUAUGAAAUAGAGACACUGAAAGCGGAACUUGAAGCCAAGGAUCAAAAGCUAUGUGAGACAACAGCUCGACUCAUCAACAUGGAAAAUGCUGCUAUGUCAUGAUUUAUUAUUUCAGGAAAGUGUCUAUCAUG